UGGAUAUUCAUUCAACUUUCAAAUAUAACUUGUUAUCUCAGCUUCCAUUUUCUGCCUUUAUGUCUGAUCAGAAUAUUAAGCAAUUAGAGUUUCUCUUUAAGGUACAUACACUUGAAUCUUCAUUCCAAAUUUCAUGUGAUCUGUGGUGUAAGAAAUGCCUGCCUUAAACAUUAAGUUGUGCCUGCUCUGUGGUUCUUGAAACUAGAUGUGUUACUAGUAGAUUUACAGUUUUUUUAUUUAUAAGUGAAGGGUGAUCAAAAUGUCUCCAUGGAACAGAUGGAAUUGAGCAGUUUUGAGAGCAUCAAUAUAUGUAUAUAUUCUUAUUGAAACCCUGCAUAUAUAUCCUAAAAGAUAAGGGAAAAUUAGGACAUUUUAUUAUUCGAGCGGGUUGCAAGGAAGGGCCAUUGCAUUGAUGUCCCUGUUGAGAGAUGUGUGAUGCCCUACUACCCUACAACUUGUUGCUGUCAAGUCUCUGUACCAGCCUCCAACAUUUGGGUGCAUUAUCCUCUACUGUGCUGUAAGGUUGAGUUGAGUUGAGUCUACUGUUUGUUUUAUAUACACACUUAACAAAGUCAUACAUGCUUAGUCUUACUAAUCACUUUCAUACCAAUUAUCAUGUAUCUUGAUUGCAUUACAAUAUGUAAACCUGCAGGUUGUUAGCAUGUAGAAGAAGCGUUUACUUACUUGCAGAUGGCAAUUUCUCACUUUCAACAGUCAUGGUAAAUUUGGUAAGUUUACUUACCCCAUGGUAAAUAAUAACCUGUGUAUGCAAUUUGUACAUGCUGUAGCAGUAGUUAAGAGCAUUAAUGGUACUAAAUAUGGUUGAUGUUAAUUACUUUCUGAGUAGAUGAUAAGCUCAUAGUGAUGGAAAAUGUUGAAGCCAUUACAGCUCAUUGCUGCAAUACAGAUUCUCUUGAAUAAUUGCACUUAAAAAAAAGGGAAAGAAAAUCUUGUACAAAAAAGAUAGAAUUGAAAAAAAAGGUGAAUGGGGUCUCUCUUUGAUGGCUGCUCUUCCACUCACUAAUGGAUUGGGUGGAGGACCAUCAGUUAUUGGUCUCGUGCAAGUGACCCCAACUUUCCCUGCCCUAAUACUUGGAAUCUUGCUCAUUUUAUUCGAUUGAAUUCCUCUGCAGUCCCCCCUUUUUUUUUUUUUUUUGUAUUUUAAUGCAUCAAUUUGUUGAUCAUCAAACGAUGCUCCUAUAAUGGCUUUGAUUGUUAGGAUGUCUCCAUCUAAGCAACUGUGUAAUGAGAAUAUCAAUUAUAGCUGCACAGAAAACCUUCCUUUUUCACCAGUGUCUGGGACAUGCGAUUGACAUUCAUGUUUUUACCGGCAGAAGAAAAAAAAAAAAGAUAUAGUAUUAUAUUAUAUAUGGAUGGGGUUAAAUUAGAAGAAGAAAAAUAUCUCAUUCUAAUGAUGUUGGUUGAACCUAACUGUGCAUUAAACGCAUUUUAGUACCAGUCUGCAGAAAUCAGGUCCACAAAAUAUUGUCACUUUUCUGCAUUAAAGCUGUCAAGUUGCCUGUGAUUUGGCCCAGAAAGUUGGCUUGUAAAUUUAUAUUUAGGUGAAGGAAAUUAAUGGUGGGCAUGGCAUUAAAAGUGAGAUAGGCUAGUAAGGAGCAUCAUGCUGGUUCUUUUCCUUCAUUUUUAUUGAUUGUUUUUGGCCUGAUGAAAAAGAAAAUGUCAACCUCAAAUGCUGGUUCUGAGACAUCAUGUUUUAUUUCGCAUAAAACUAAAUCUUAAUUGCCUUUUGAGGUGCCUUCACCAACUAAUGUCUUUCGAUUGGCAUAUGACAUUUUGGAAUAAGAUGGAAAUCAUGGAAUUCCAUCUUGAAUUAAGUGCAAAAAGGUGGAUAAUAGCUAUUUACUCCUUGAAAGGCUUGCUAUGAGCCCAAAAUCAAUAUAUGCUCAGGAAGAUUGUUCUUUUCAAUGAAUGUGCCAAAUUUUAAGCAAUAAACCUAAAAGGCUACAUUAGUGCAGUUGAGAGAUGCCCCCAAAGAUUAAUGUUAAUGGUGGGGAGAUUAACUUAUCCUAAAGUUCUCUACUGACUGUUGUAAGAUUUCAUUUUUUAUUUUCCCUAUCAUUAAAGGUGUUGUUCUGUAGAUCUAUAUGUACCUUAAGACAAUGCAACCUUUAUGGACCCCAACUAUUUUCCAGGACACUAGAAAACAAAAAUCCUGCAAAUAAACCUAUGAGAACUGUGUGCCUAUAAACUGCUGGCAGGACAAUCACUUGGAAAAAUAGGAGUUUUCUAUCCUCUCUAUUAGUGCUUUUCUCUUCUCCAUUUCUUUAUCAUUGAGCAAUGGAAGGUGGAUUUCCUAUGCUCAACUGUUUGUUGCAGCACACACUCAGAAGCCUAUGUGCAUGCUCAGAGUCAUCCACCUCUGCAAAAUGGGUAUAUGCUGUCUUUUGGAGGAUCCUUCCAAGAAACUACCCUCCCCCAAAGUGGGAUCAUGGAGGAGGCUUGCUUGAUAGAGCUAAGGGGAACAAACGGAACUGGAUUCUAGUGUGGGAGGAUGGGUUCUGUGAUUUUUUUGAAUGUGAAAGAACUGCAAGUGGUUAUGCUAAAGGCAGAUUAGUGGGUAAAGUUGCAUCAGAUAACAGUCAUAAAUGGGUAUUCAGAGACACCCCAACAGAGAAUGAUCCUACCUUCAUUCCCUGGAAUGUGUCCAUUGAUCCUCAACCAAGAGCAUGGGAAGCUCAGUUCAGCUCAGGCAUUGAGACUAUUGCAAUAAUCUCAGUCAGAGAAGGUGCCAUCCAACUUGGCUCAUUUGACAAGGUUUUCGAAGAUCUCAACAUGGUGAUCAACAUACAAAGAAAAUUCAGCUACCUUCAAAGCAUUCCAGGCAUAUAUGUGAUACAGAGGCCAUACCUUCCAAUACAGACUACUACUCCCAACACAUUCAAUCAUAUCAACAGAAAAGUUCAAAGCAAUAGCUCCGUCGAGGAUAAGCAUCAUCAUCAUCAAGUAACAGGAUUGAAAAGGCAGAGCUCACCCGACGAUGGUGAUGAUUCGCCAUCCAAGUCCAUAUACUUAGGCGACAACAGCCCACAGAAUUUGUGGUCUAUCCCACCUCUUCUACCCUCUAUGUCCUGCAACAUCGGAGCAUUCUUGCCCAAGAUUCCGCAGCUAUAUUAUUCCCCUGAUGGUGAAAACACCCUGAUCAAUAGUAACCAUAGUAGUAUCCUGAAUUGUGUUUCGGCGUUUGAUGACAUACAGGCUGUUGAUGUCAAAGUCGAGGAAGUUCCGGUAGGGAUGCCGGACGACGGCGACGGAGGGAAGGGAAAAAGGCCUGGCCUGUUAAAGCAUGGGAUAGGAGGCUUAGGAUUUGAGAAGGCUUUUUGCAAGUCAUGAGUGUGGUAAGUAAAUUUGAUUUGAUGAGAAAGAGAUAUAAUAAUAAUAAUAAUAAUCUAAAGGGAUUAAGAAAGAACACUAUUUAUUAGCCUUUGGUUUUCUGUUAUAAGCUGCUUCAUCAUCAAGGUACAAGGAAUUGUUCAUAUCAUACCAUAGAGCAAUAAUAAAAUAGUAAUUAAGCAUUUAUUAAUUAUUUAUUUGAAUGGUGUAUAUAUAUUGUAUUGGAUGUAUUUUCUUUGCAUUUUCUUUGGGUAGUUUGAAUUUGAAUUUUCGUUUAAAUACUUUAAAAUUGAGAAUUAUAAAAAUUAAAUUUUAAAAUAAUUGAAAAGGCACAAAUAGAACAUAGUCUGAACGGAGCCUAGACUUUGAGAAGCACGUUCGCUCAAUCAUUUUUAAUUUGUCUAUAUUUUUAUUUUUGAUCGGUUCUAUUAAUUUAAUAAAUUAAUUAUUUUUAAUAAUAUACUUAUUAAUAAUUUACUAGUUAUAUUUUUGUCUUGUUUUAUAUGUCUAUUAUAUUCCCCUUGCCGUUGCUAACUGCUGAGUUAGUAGUAGAUGGGACAGACGGACAACAUGUUCAUCAAGAAGGUAGGAACCAUAAAAAAUAUAAGUAGAAUAGAAGAAAUACAGGCAGUCAGCUUAACAGACACAUAAAUAUUUGAUCCGUAUCAUUAAUUUAUUUUAUUAACCAUACAUGCAUUUCGAAUUCCCUAGUAGUGUGUCCUUUCAUGGACUUAUUCCAUCAGAUCAGAUCAGAACAGAACUAGGCCAGGCUAAGCUAGCCAAACAAGAUCGAUUGGCCGGCUUCCUUGCUCAUCUGCUCGAUCAUCCACCAAAUUAAUUUCUCAACUCAAGAACUUCCGACGGCCCCAAUCGGCCGUGCCGGCACCGGAAUCUGCUUGGAUUGCCGUUUCUCUGCCAUAAACAUAUUAUUAAUUAUUAAAUUUUAUAAAAAUUUAAAAAUUGCAUUGUAUAUUGAUCAUCAA